AACUUUCAUGUCCACCAAACAGCCAUUAUGAACUCUGUUCCAGAAGCUGUCAACAGACGUGCGAUAGUCUCUAUUCAUCUCUGCCCUGCGCCACCUACUGCACAGAAGGGUGUGUCUGUGAUGAAGGCUUUGUGCUCAGUGGUGACCGUUGCGUCCCUCUGCAUCAGUGUGGUUGCACCUAUCAGGACCAGUAUUAUAUGAGUGGACAGACCUUCUACCCAACCAGUAACUGCGAUAUGAAGUGUACGUGCCAAGGUGGUGGAGCUGUCACCUGCCACAAAAUCACCUGCGGGCCCAAUGAAGAAUGCAAAGUGGUGGGCGGAGUCCAAAAAUGCCACCCAAUGAGUUCAGCCACUUGCUCGGCUUCCGGAGAUCCUCAUUAUCUCACUUUUGACGGAGUCCCCUUUGAUUUCCAAGGCACCUGCUCUUACAUCCUAGCUAAGACUACCGUUGAAAACACAAGUGGUCUGACUCCCUUUACCAUCACGGCAAUAAAUGAGCCUUGGGGGAAUGGAAAAGUCUCCGUAAUUAAACAAGUAUCUGUGGAGGUCUACGGAUUCAAACUGACUCUGAUCCAUAAGAAAGAAGGACAAAUCCAGACUGCCUCGGAUGGCCCCUUAAAGGGUUGCCACAGUCAGGUGGACCCCAGCGUGUUUUUCAAUGACUGCAUCUAUGAUUUGUGCCAAAGCAAUGGAGACAGCCAGACCUUGUGCCAAAGCAUCCAGAGCUACGUGUCAGCUUGUCAAGAAGCCAAGGUCCUUAUCCAGCCAUGGAGAAGUCCAUCUUUCUGCCCUUUGAGCUGCCCUCCCCACAGCCACUAUGAAGAAUGUGCUGAUUUUUGUACUGCCGAUUGUUCUGGGCUCCGAAUAUGUCCUGAAACCUGUGCCGAGGGGUGCCAGUGUGAUCUUGGGUACUUCUUUGACGGGCUCGGCUGCGUCUCAAUGGAAGGCUGUGGAUGCUUUGGAAAUGGAAGUUAUUAUAGGCCCAACGAGGAGGUCCUGCUGAACGAAUGCCAGGAAAUCUGUCGGUGCCUCCCUGGGCAGGGACUCCUUUGCAAAUCUUACCACUGUUCUUCUGAUGAAGACUGUCAAGUCCAAGAUGGCAUCAUGAGCUGCAUUAAUAAAGAUCCAUGCAAAACCUUACAGUGUCGGGUCAAAGAAACAUGUGAGAUAAAGAAUGGCAAAGCCUUCUGUGUCCCGACUUACAAUGAGACCUGCUAUGGCUGGGGAGAACCCCAUUAUCACACCUUCGAUGGGUUGGAGGUGAACUUUCAAGGGACUUGCACUUACACGUUGGUCAAAUAUUGUGGCAAUGAUACCAGACUGGUUCCAUUUGCGGUGAAUCAUAAGAAUGAAAACCGGGGGAGGCAAGAUGUUUCUUUCGUGCGGCUGAUCAAUAUCUAUGUGUACGGAUACAACAUCACUAUCGGCAGGAGGCAUUCAGGCAAAAUCUCGGUGAACGGGGUCAUCACCAACCUGCCUGUGACCCUGGAAGAUGGGAAAAUCCACCUUUUCCGAAGUGGCGUGAAGGCCAUCCUGCAAACCGACUUUGGACUGGAGGUAUCCUUCGACGGGGCGUACAUCUUUUCCGUCAUCCUCUCCAGCAGCUACUACGAUUCUGUCUGUGGCCUUUGUGGGAAUUUCAACCAAAACCCCAAGGACGACAUGAUGACAGCUGCAGGGGUCAAGGCGAAUUCUGAGGUGGAGUGGGCCGCAAGUUGGAAAGUGAAGGACCGCGAUCCAUUCUGCUGGGAUGAAUGCAAGGGCCGAUGUCCCACCUGUGAGGAGAGCAAUCAGGAACUCUUUGGAAGUGAAAAAUUCUGCGGGCUCCUCACCAAAUUGGACAAGGGCCCCUUCCAGAAAUGCCACCCAAAGUUAAACCCGGACAACUUUUUCGACAGCUGCAUUUAUGACGUCUGUCUCAGCGGGGGUGCCAAGGGCAUCCUGUGCAAAGCUCUAGAGGCUUAUGCAACUCAGUGCCUCAACGAGGGUGUGAGCAUUACAGACUGGAGAACACAAAGCGGUUGUGGUUGAUGGAGUAUUAGUGGACUUGCCCUUCUACUAUGAAGAGAAGAUCCAGGCUUACCUUAGUGGAAAUCAUCUCCUUAUCAAGACACAGUUCGACCUUUCCUUGAUCUUCAGUUGGAAUAGACUAGUCCACAUCACGGUUCCUGGCAGCUAUCUCAAUGUGCUUUGUGGUCUCUGUGGUCAAAAAUCUGGUAGGGAGUUGACCAUGAAGAAUGGAGCGCCAGCAGCCGAUUUUAUCCAGUUUGCCAACAGCUGGAAAGAAGGAGAGAGCCCUGGUUGUGUGAAUGGGUGUACCAGCAACUGUCCAGGCUGUAGUGAAAAUGAGAAACAGAUCUACAAGACGGAUGACUACUGUGGGGUCCUCUCCAGAAAAGAUGGACCAUUUAGGCAUUGUCACAUAGCUAUCAACCCAGCACCUUACCUUGAUUCUUGUGUCUUGGAUGCCUGUUUCUACAAGGGCCACCAGAGCAUCUUGUGCAGUGCCAUUGCAGCCUACGUAACGGUGUGCCAAGCACUGGGCAUCCAGAUAGACCAAUGGCGGGAGGCCUCCUUUUGCAGUAAGUAUUAG